AUGACACGUGUUCCCUUCGGGUUAUGCUGUAGUCCUUAUUUGGCAAUACGCACAGUGCGUCGACUCGCCGAGGAUGAACUUGAGCGCUUCCCCGCGGCUGCAGCUGUCGCUAAGGCGGACAUUUAUAUGGACGACUUAGCCACUAGCUGUUCCUCAGUGGCUGAGGGCGUUGAACUCUCGAAUCAGCUGAUCGACUUGUUUGCGGCUGGAGGGUUCGACUUGGUCAAGUUUUCGAGUAACUCACCCGAGGUACUAGAGAGCAUCCCGGUCUCGCAUCGCGUCUCGGAGGCGGUCGAGUUCAGUCCGGAGAGUCAGCUCAAAAUUCUAGGACUCCAUUGGGUACCGGCAGAUGACGUCUUCACGUUCAGUGUUAAUACGGAGCCGCGCGUGUGCACCAAGCGCAAUAUUCUAUCCACUAUUGCUCGAUUAUGGGACUUGGUAGGAUUGGUGGCGCCGGUUAUACUGCUCGCUAAAUUAAUUUUAAAAUCACUGUGGCAAGCCAAUGUCGAUUGGGAUGAGACUCCACCCCCGAAGAUUAUGUCUUUGUGGCAACAGUUUGAAGCCGAAUUACCGUUUCUCGAGUCUGUUAGAUUACCGCGGCACGUAGGUGUUAAUGAUGGUGCCAUAGUAUCCGUGCUAGGUUUUGCUGACGCCUCGGAAAAUGCCUACGGAGGCGUAGUGUACUUACAUGUCUAUUUCCCGGAUACGAAUCGUACAGCAGUUAAUCUAGUGUGCGCGAAAUCCAAGGUGGCACCGUCUAAAACUGUCAUUACCCUCGCGAGGAUGGAGUUGUGUGCGAACGUCAUAUUGGCAAAAUUAAUGCGUGUAGUCAUUGAUACUUACUCUUCACGCUGUAAGAUUGAUAAUAUAUUUGCGUUUACUGAUAGUACCGUGGCGCUCGCUUGGAUUCACUCGUCCCCCACGCGUUGGCAUACUUUCGUGGCGAAUAGAGUAGCACAAAUUCACGACAAGUUAGAUCCCUGUUGCUUUCAUCACAUACCGGGGAAAGAUAACCCCGCUGAUUGCCUGUCGAGUGGUUUAACCCCUGCGCAAUUGGUCGUGCAUCCAUUGUGGUUCGCAGGGCCGCAGUUUUGUUAUUCAUCACUCACUGAAUGGCCGGUUCACCCCUUCGAUCCCGCGUCUGUCGAUGAAGCACCGGAAAUGAAACCUAAUGUAUUAGUCACUACCGCCCCAUUAGACUGUCACACGUCGCCUCGUGUCUUCGGCGAACUCGCAGCACGCGUCUCUUCAUGGCCAAAGUUACUGCGGAUUGUGGUGUAUGUUCUCCGCUUCGUUAAGAAGUUACCGAAUAAGUUUGAAGUAUCUCAUUUAGAGCAAGCCGAAUUGGCAGUGUUAAGAGACCUUCAAUCGGCACACUUUCGCAAUGACAUAGUCAGUGCUCAGUCGGGAGACAAAAUGACACCUGCGCUUAUGAAGCUUAAUGCUUUCCUCGAAGAUAGAGUUUUGCGUGUCGGCGGGAGACUUACUAAUGCGGAUCUGAACUAUAAUAGUGAAACCGCGAAACGAUCACCCCUUGAUGGCAAGUUUGCCGGCCUGUAG